AUGAGGAAGAUGGGAUGGAAGGAAGGAGAGGGACUUGGAAGAAAUAAUGAGGGAAAUGUUAAUCCUAUUCUUGUUGACUUUAAGACCGAUCGUAAAGGAUUAGUGGCAGAUGGGGAAAAAGCCUCCAACAAGCUGACAAUGCCUGUGAUUAAGGAUCUGUCUGGAAAACAUCCCAUCUCCGUUCUGAUGGAGCUCUGCAACAAGAAGAAAUGGUCUCCACCGGACUUCACGCUUGUGGAUGAUACAGGCCCAGGACCACCGCAAACGCUUUCUUUUUAAGGUAACAGUCAAUGGAUGGAGUCACAUGUCAGCCGAGCCAACCCAGCGUCACCAAGAAACUUGCCAAAGCCACAGCCGCCGCUGCAGCCCUUCAGGCACUGGGGGCUUUACCAAAGGAAAGCAUAACCUCAACCACCAACUUCUGCAGUGCCUCCAAUAGCACACUGUAG